AGCCCGGGUUCCAGGGCCGCAGCCGGGCCCGCCACGCGCGCACACGCCCCUCAAUGACAUCUCUCCGGGGCGGGCGGCGCUGAGCCGGGCCGGCGAGCGUCCGCGGGGGGAAGAGGUCUGCCUUCCCGGGAGACCCGGCCGGGGCGGCGGCGCCGAGCGCCCGCUCCUCCCGCUCCCCCUCUCGCCCUUCCUGCUCCUCCCGCUCCCCGCCGCCGCCGCCGCCGCGUGGAUGCCAAGUACCAGUUUCCCAGUCCCUUCCAAGUUUCCACUCGGCCCUCCGGCUGCGGUCUGCGGGAGCGGAGAAACUUUGGGGCCCGCGCCGCCCUCCGGCGGCACCAUGAAGUCGGCGGAGGAAGAGCACUAUAGUUACGCCUCCCCUGGCGUCCGCUCCGCUCUGCUUCCCGGCUCGGCUCAGCCCUCGCUGCCCGCUCCAGGCCACGACUUGCAGACCUCGGCCCCGGGCGUGCCAGCCACCGCGGCCAGUCAGCCCCCAGGCUAUGGGGGGGCAGUGGACAGCGGGCCCUCGAGCUACUUCCUCUCCUCCGGCCACGCCAGGCCCAACGGGGCCCCCCCUCUGGAGAGUCCCCGCAUCGAGAUCACCUCGUACAUGGGGCUGCACCACGGCAACAACCAGUUUUUCCAUGACGUGGAGGUGGACGACGUCCUUCCCGGCUCUAAGCGGCCCCCCUCCACGGCCACCCUGAAUCUGCCCAACCUGGAGGCCUACCGGGACCCCUCGUGCCUGAGCCCGGCCAGCAGCCUGUCCUCCCGCAGCUGCAACUCCGAAGCCUCGUCCUACGAGUCCAACUUCUCGUACCCCUACGCGUCCCCACAGACGUCCCCGUGGCAGUCGCCCUGUGUGUCCCCCAAGACCACGGACCCCGAGGAGGGCUUCCCCCGUGGCCUGGGGGUCUGCGGCUUGCUCGGCUCCCCCCGACACUCGCCCUCCACCUCGCCCCGCACGAGCGUCACGGAGGAGAGCUGGCUGGGGACCCGCACGUCCCGGCCCUCGUCCCCCUGCAACAAGAGGAAGUACGGCCUCAACGGCCAGCAGCUGACCUCGCCGCACCACUCGCCCACGCCGUCCCCGCGCGGCUCGCCGCGGGUCAGCGUCACCGACGACACGUGGCUGGGCAACAGCACCCAGUACACCAGCUCGGCCAUCGUGGCCGCCAUCAACGCCCUCAGCACCGACGGCAGCCUGGAGCUGGACGGCGUCCCCGUGAAGGCGCGCAAGACCGCCCUGGACCACUGUCCCUCGGUGGCGCUCAAGGUGGAGCCGGCUGGCGAGGACCUGGGGACCACGCCGCCCACGGCCGAGUUCCUGCCCGAGGAGUUCCCGUCCUUCCAGCACGUCCGGAAGGGUGCCUUCUGCGACCAGUACCUGUCGGUGCCGCAGCACCCAUACCAGUGGGCUCGGCCCCGGUCCCCGACAGCCUACGGCAGCCCGUCGCUCCCAGCCCUGGACUGGCAGCUGCCGUCGCGCUCGGGACCCUACGAGCUGAGGAUCGAGGUGCAACCCAAGCCCCACCACAGAGCCCACUACGAGACAGAGGGGAGCCGGGGGGCCGUGAAGGCGUCGGCUGGAGGACACCCCAGCGUGCAGCUUCACGGCUACUUGGAAAACGAGCCGCUCACACUACAGCUGUUCAUCGGGACGGCCGACGACCGCCUACUGAGACCCCACGCCUUCUACCAGGUCCACCGGAUCACGGGCAAGACCGUCUCCACCACCAGUCACGAAGCCAUUCUCUCCAACACCAAAGUCCUGGAGAUCCCGCUGCUGCCCGAGAACAACAUGCGAGCCAUUGUGGACUGUGCUGGGAUCCUGAAGCUCAGAAACUCAGACAUCGAGCUGCGGAAAGGGGAGACGGACAUCGGGAGGAAGAACACCAGGGUCAGGCUGGUCUUCCGGGUCCACAUCCCGCAGCCCAGCGGCCGGACGCUGUCCCUGCAAGUGGCCUCGAACCCCAUCGAGUGCUCCCAGCGCUCGGCCCAGGAGCUGCCCCUCGUGGAGAAACAGAGCGCGGCCAGCUGCCCUGUCCUUGGUGGGAAGAAGAUGGUCCUGUCCGGCCACAACUUCCUGCAAGACUCCAAAGUCAUCUUCGUGGAGAAAGCUCCAGAUGGUCACCACAUCUGGGAGAUGGAGGCGAAGAUGGACAGAGAGCUGUGCAAGCCGAACUCGCUGGUGGUCGAGAUCCCGCCGUUCCGCAACCAGAGAAUAACCAGCCCCGUCCAAGUCAGUUUCUACGUCUGCAACGGGAAGAGGAAGAGGAGUCAGUGCCAGCGCUUCACCUACCUUCCCGCGAACGCUCCAGCCAUCAAGACAGAGCCCACCGACGACUAUGAGCCUGCCCUGACAUGCGGACCAAUGAGCCAGGGCCCCAGCCCUCUCCCUAAGCCCUGCUACAGCCAGCCACUGGCCGUGCCACCAGACCCGGGCUCCUGCCUGCUGCCCGGCUUUCUGCCCUGUCCCCCGAGGAGCACCAUGGUGUCUCCGCCCCCCAGCACCAGCCCCAAGCUCCAUGACCUCUCUGCCGCCACCUACAGCAAGGGCGUGGCCGGCCCGGGCCUCGGACUUCCACGGCCGGCCGGAGGGGUCCUCGCUGUUGAGGAGACGCCGAGACUCGUGGGCGUGCACCCCGGGCCCCCCCAGCCGCCGCCCCCCGCCCUGCUCCGACCCCAGCCCUGCGGCCCCGCCCGCCCAUCCGCGACGGGCCACCAGCUGCCCCAACGGCCGAAGGCUCCAAGGAGUGAGUCCACAGCCCCCCGGCCUCUGCCGCCGCCCGAGGUGCGUGAGGACGGUAGUCGUAGUCUGGCCCCCAUUCCCGUAACGGUCAAGCGAGAGCCUCAGGACUUGGACCAGCUGUACCUGGACGACGUAAAUGAAAUAAUACGGAAUGAUCUCUCCAGCACCAACAUCCGAUCGUAGCUGGCCACACGGAGCUCACGCGCAAGCCGCUUGGAGCCCGCUCGGCCGCCAACGGUCCCGCUCCCACACCAGGACUUCCGGGGACACCCAACGCACACCCGGCACCAGCCCAGCUCCCGCUAACCCAAGAUUUGCCUCGCGCGCUCCAAGUAGUUCUGUGCCCAGGAGGACGGACCGAAGGGGGUGGGGCCACCGGUGCACCUGUCACGGGCCCCAGGC